CAGCUGGAAUACUUGCGACUCUGCUUCGAGUUCUAUUGAUCAUUGUAGAAACAAAGGAAUCUCCCAUCAAAUUUGCGACUGCCGCUAUGUUGGUAGCGUUGUCGAGAUAAGUUUGCUCCAUACCGUCCGUCAUACGAAGAACUCGCCAGCUUUCGCAACAAUUCACGUUGCACCAACAGCCCUGAACAUGUCUCAAUACAAUUAUAUGUAUAGCCCGUAUCCGGGCCAGCAGUCCCAACAAUCCUUCCAAUAUGCCUCGGCAUCCGUCCAAGCCCCAGGACUCCAAGAGUCUUCCUCCGUCGCCGCGCCUAACAACUUGGCCAUGACCAAUGCCUCAUUUGAGUACAACGGGAAUAGGAUACCUGGCUUGGGCAUGAGUGUUGGUAGCGGUACAUCGGCGUUUCCAUCUUCCUCGUACGGAGGGGACAAUGGAGUCUCGUGGCGCCCACCAAUGUCUGGGGGAACCCCAAGCAUGGUGCUUUCUACGCUAGACCAAGACCUAGGUAAACGGGGCGGGCACUCACAUCAAGAGCCACAUGCCUCUCCGCGUUCCUCAAACUUUGGGAUUCAGGCUCAAGCCAGCCAAGCAGACGAGGAUGCCUUGGAAGGAGAGCUGAGCGAAGGCGGGUUUGAGGAUCUCUACGAGCCUAGGGGCCCAGACGAGGUUGAAACCACGGGGAACAAGACGCAUCAGGCGUUCCAGCCUUCAACUGCUGCAGAGGACCAAUCAGGAAGCACUGGUGAUGCGGAUGGUUCUUCCAUCUAUGAUACUGGGUCGACGCGCGAGGAAGUUCUUGUCGGUAGUACGUCUGGCUCGUUACCUGCAGUUGAAGAAGAAGAAUACUCGCCUGGUGAGUACUACGAGCCCGCAUACCAAGGACGGGAACGCUCUGGUUCGUAUUCUCCUUAUCUUUCCCCUAGGGAGAUUCACAAGGAGGCUUCUGUAUUAAGGAUAAGUCCUCGUGAGGCGAAGAAAUUUGCACCGCUCCCUGAGUCCUCGCAUUCGUUUGCAGACCCUGCUACGCUUAUUAGGCAGCGGCCCGAUAGUGCAGCUCUUCCAAACGGUGGUGGCUCGUUAGGUCACAACACUACCCAGGCCAUGAACCCCAAUAAUAUUCAAGCUGCCUCUGAUGCUGCUUCACCGUACAAAUCGGUGUGGGAGGCGAGGAAAAAGGCACAAGAAGCUAUUCUUGGACUUUGGCCAUUCAAGGUUCGAUAUCAGGAUUACAUCGAAGAAGGUUUCGAUGCGAGCCUGGUGAAGCCUCUGUUCACGGGUCUUGGCCUAGAUACUUCUUCGUCCAAGGCAAAUUCUUCCUCGCUGCCGCAGCGUACAAGUGACAUUGACGUCCCUUCUGCUCCUGUUUCCCACAUAAGCAGCCCGGCCAAAUCAAUCCAACCUGCUCCUAAAAGCACUCCUCCGCCAAAAUCACAGCAACACCCCGCGAAAUCCCCGGCUCCUUCCCAGUUACCACAAGCUAGUGCCCCGCGACCAGACAGCAAAAGCAACGCCAAAAUGGCGGACAAAACAGGUACUGAAGAUCGCAAAACCAAGAUUGCGCGUUUGCUUGCAGAGAAGGAGAAGAAACAGAAGACCACGACUGCUGCUGUCGUGCCCCCAGUGUCUGAUGCUACCGCUGCAUUGCCUCAGUCUGUCCCUUCAACAAAAGCACCUGAGCCCGCGCAACCUUUGCUUAAUCAGGCCAAGGCCAAGACUAGAGCUGAAAAGAAUCUGAUGCUACAGCAGAAAAUUGCUGCGCUGAGGAAGGCGCAGGAAGCAGAGGCAAAGAAGAAGCUAGAGCUAAUCAAGCAGACCGAAGUCACUGCCGUUUCAGCUGUCCCUCAGCAUCCCGCAAAGACUGCAACUGCUACGCCUCCUGUACAACAGUCCGACAUGAAUGCACCUCCUGAACAGCGUGAUGCGGUUUUUAAAGCAGCGGGUAUUCCAGGGCUAUUCCUCUCAUCUACGCCUCAGCCAUUAUCUGCAAAUCGCAUUCCGAAGAGACCGGUGGCUUCCGACUUCGACGCCUAUCCUUCUCAUAGCGGCUCUCUGAAACGUAGUCGCACUCAGGAUAGCUUGAUCAUAGAGGUCAGUGAUGAGGAAGACGUCGAAAUGGAUAUGGGAUCUCCGACCGAUGUUCCCGAGAGCGCUAUCCACAAUGGUACCUCGUCGACACGACCAGAUUCGAACUCGCUCGGUGCGUUCCCGCCACUGACAAACACAAACACUUGGGUUCAACGUUCGAGUCCCAUGUCUUCGGCUGUCCAUACUCCUCCCGACCAUGCAAACAAGCUUGACUUUCUGCACAAACAGAUUGAAGAGCAUAAAAGAAAAAUUGCCGAGGCCGAAGCCAAGAAGGCUGGGAAGAAAUCAAAUGGAGCCACAACACCUCUGCCUCAGACACCUUCGGAAUCUGGCUCUACGCGGCUACCCAAAGUCUCUGACAUGGCUGCUAGAAUCGCCAAACACGAGAGACGCGAUAGAAUCGCAAGCUACGAACUGCCAAAUGUUGAAACUGCUCUUAGGGAGAAGCAGGAGAAGCUGAGGCGUCUGCAGUCAGAGGCCGCUCAACUCGAACUUGAGGUCAAAGCGGAAAUGGCUGAGCGCGAGAGACUAGCAGCUGAGAUGGAGGAUAUCGGAGACAACAUCCAGGCUGAAUCGAAUGAUUCAGACGGCCAGACACACUCGAACUCCGGUAAGUCCUCAGAACCAGCAACGCGCAUUGCUAGAACCAUCUGCGGGGGACGCUAAAGUCAACCAAAGCCCGACAGUUGACUCAUCCCAAGAACCAGCACGCGUAGCCAAAGUACCAGAGUCUACCGCCAACCGCCAGGCUGAGGCGGGAUUCGUUACCGAGUUGAUAAAUAAUGUUCAGGAGAUAUCGGCAGUCGCUGAAUGCGACAACCCCGAAAUUCAACAAGAAACGGGU